AUGAGUGACGAUUCAUCAGAAGCACCAGUAAAACCUUCCGAAUGCCCUACUGAUGUUUGGAAUUCCCUUCACGAUAUCAUAGCGGAAACCGAAGCGUUAGACGAAAAUGAUCAAAAUUAUAACAAUUACGUCAUACCAAUAAAAAUUCCUAACAUGCAGGAUAAGGAAAACCUGAGCGAACAGGCAAAUAAGGAAAAACUAAGUUUUGCUUCAAAUAACGCAAAUGAAACCGACAUACUCUUAGAAAUUAUUGAUGUAGAUGUUGAAGGAAGGCCAAUUGAACGUGAAGGAGAAGUAAUCAUUCAAAAUCCAAACGAACAUGAAAAUUCAGAAGUUACAAAAUCGCGUAAAAGAAAAAGGAAUGAAAAAAUGUGGAAACAGAAUGUAAGAAAAAGAGGAAGACAGAGUGGCAAAGAAAAUGGUACAAGUCUUAAAGGCCUUGAACAACGCAAAAAAAAUGAGGACCUGUUAGGUAAAGACGAGGACCGACAUUUCCUUCUUUCGCUUCUGGCAGAUUUCAACAGAGUGCCAAUUGAGAAAAAGCUGGAUGUGAAAUUGGCAAUCAUUCAGGCAAUCAAGUCAGCCAUUUUGCCCACUCAUGGUGCUGCUGUUCCACAUACGCCUUAUUUUUCAGAAACUUAUCCUAUUCAUCCUUCAGCUUUUUUUAUACCUCCACAACCGUAUUCUAAUGUUCCACAACAUUUUAAUCAAAUACCACAAUCGCCACACACCUUUCAACAAAAUAAUCAAAUAUUACAGUCACAACACACUCAAAAAAGUUAUCAAAUGCCGCCAUCACCACAUACCUCUCAAGAAAUUAAUCAAAUACCACAAUCACCACACACCUCUCAAAAAAUUAAUCAAACACCACAAUCACCCCACACCUCUCAACAAAUUAAUCAAAUACCACAAUCACCACAAACCUCUCAACGAAAUAAUCCAAUACCACAAUCAUCUCACACCUCUCAACAAAAUUAUCAAUUACCACAGUUUCCAAGUACGCAACACAACUUACAACAAAAAAUCCUUACUCCUCUCCAAUUUCCCUUUUCUGUAGAAUCGAGUGACAAUAUGUCAACAGAUGGAUCAAUUGUGGACCUUCUUACGGAAUACUAA